UGAUACCUAAUUAAAUUAAAUUUACCCCCAGCAAAUUUCAUGUUUAAGAAAAGUCAGUUUCUUUCCUUGAAUCUUAAUUGACAGUUGGCAUUUCCUAAGAUUUUCAAUGGUCUGAGGAAUUACUCGAAGAUUUAUACAGAAACCAACAAAUUGGUCAAACACAUACUAUAUAAACUUUAAGAAGAUUUUGUAUUCUCUUACAACACAGUAGGUAAUAAAUAUCUCAUUAGUCAUCAUUAUACAUCAAUUUAAGAAGAUUUUGUAUUCUUUUACAAUUUGGUUUAUGCCAAACUAAUUUUGUUUUUGCAUAUCAACUUAUUCAUUAUAUGCAAUGUUUGAUAUAAAAAUCGAGUAGCCACAAGUUUUGAGAGUUCAGAUUACGUCCUCGUAAUUUUGUUUAUCUAUAAAGCUAGAAAAAGAAGAAAAAAAAAUGAAUUGUUAAACUAUCUCGAAGCAGUAGAUAUGCCAGCGGACGAUAUGCCACAGCCAGGAUUCGUGAAAAAUGAAAGCGACCUAGCCAUCAUGGUGGCAACGGCUCUAGCCUUCUCCAUCUUCAUCGUGGGUUUGGCUUCGGUUUGCUAUCGCUGGGCCGGUCGCAGGUUUUACGCGGACGAGCAAUCCGUAAACCUGUCUACACACCCCCAACAUGAACUCCAGACCGCGAGGAGGGGUACGACGAGGCGUGGGAUCGACGCAGCGAUCGUGGAAUCGUUUCAGACGUUUCUAUACUCUGAGGUGAAGGAGCAGAGGAUUGGUAAAGGCGGGGUCGAGUGUGUGGUGUGUCUUUGUGAGUUCCAAGACAAUGAUAGGCUGAGUUUGAUGCCUAAUUGUUGUCAUGUGUAUCAUGCUGAUUGCGUAAGUGUCUGGCUCUCUGAUCACUCCACGUGUCCGCUCUGCCGUGUGGAUCUUGUCUUCCAACAGGGUCAGGGGAGCGACCCGGAUCCUGAACUAGGAGUUGUUGAUACUACAGAAGCGCGUUUGUCUGAAAGUAUGACGUGGACUAAUAGGAGCAGACCGCCUCGGUCUAGGUCGAUGAGAUUGCCCCAUUUGCGAGUCUCUGGUAUAUCAUUAUCGAGAUCUCAUUCGACCGGACACUGUGUGGCUGAACCGGUGGAGAAUUUGGACCGGUUUACACUCCGGUUACCAGAUGGUGUACGGACGAGACUGAUAAAGAAGACGCUGGUGAGAAGCUCGCAGGGUUUGUACAGAAGCAGAAGUGUCGGAAGCAGAAGCGCGAGGAGUGUCUUCUCAGAACAAUGGUGUAACUAUAAGAACCAUCGGCGGAUACAUUCGAUGACUCUCUCCUUCACUGAUCAUCUUCGCGUAUGGUUGGCAGGAGAUGUGGUGGCUCCGCCGAAUAGUGAGCAGACAUCUAGAGAAUUCCGACCAGAUGAUCUAGUGUAAGAAUGCUAGCUUUUAAGUGUGUUUUUGUUGCAACAUAUUGUUUGCGUUCAUUUGUAUUUGAAGAUGAUAAUUUUAGAGAAAAAAUAAAAUGGAAUGGUAAUUGUCAGAAGUGGAAUUUGAACCACACCGUCUUAGAACACUCGGCCAUAUAAGAACUCCGACCAGAUGAUCUAGUGUAAGAAUGCUAGCCUUUAAGUGUGUUUUUGUUGCAACAUUUUGUUUGCGAUCGUUUGUAUUUGAACAUGACAAUUUUAGAGAGAUAGGAAAAAAAAUUGGAAAUAUAAAUGUCAGAAGUGGGAUUUGAACCC